AUGCCGGUCCUGACUUCGACAAUGCUGAUCACGGAGCUCGACGAUAUUCGAGUUGAAUACCAUCCUCACAGCCAACUCCCUUCCACUACACAUCGCUUCUCCGAGUUCUCCCGUAGCUGCCCGACGGAGGAUUAUGUACCUCGUAACAACUCACCAUGGGAGCCCUUUCGCACACGGCUUGAUUUCGAGAUUGCAGAGAUUGCACUCGAAGCUGCCAUGACGAAGGAUCAGACCAAUCGACUCCUUGAUCUCGUCCAUCGGUCUGCCAGCGGCAAUGAUUCCUUCACGCUGCAAAAUCACGACGAAGUUCGCUCGCUGUGGGAGCUUGCUUCACAGCGCUAUACCAAAUUUCAGAAUGAUAAAGUGUCCGUUCCUCAUGGACAAGAGGUGUACGAAUUCGAGAUGCAUUACCGCCCUCUCUGGGAUUGGGCGCUUGACUUGUUGCAAGACAGACGUCUUGCACCUCACUUCGUGUUCGAUGCUCAACGUCUUUCAAAAUUUAACGGAGAGAGGUUUGUCCGCUUCAUCGAUGAACCAUGGACUGCUGAUGCCUUUUGGAGCGCACAAUCGCAGCUCCCCCCGAAUGCCAAACCGCUGGCCUUCAUCCUCUACGCGGACAAGAGUAAAUUGUCAUCUUUUGGGAGCCAAAAAGGCUAUCCGAUUAUCGCCCGCAUUGCCAACCUGCCCGUUCAUAUUCGAAAUGGUAAUACUGCCCUCGGAGGCGGCCGCGUCGUUGGUUGGUUGCCGAUUAUUGUUGAAAAUCAGGAGCACGCGAAAAAGAAGAACUACGUAGACUUUAAGAAUGCCGUGUGGCAUACCUCCUUCUACCAGCUUCUCGCCUCGGUCGCGAAGCUCUCAACAACGGGAUAUUGGUUUGAAUGUGGGGAUGGCAUCCAGCGUCAUCUCUGGCCCCUUAUUUUGAUCUUGAGCGCCGAUUACGAAGAACAAUGCGUCAUGGCGUUGAUCCGUGGACUUAAGGGAAAAUUCCCGUGUCCAGUGUGUUUGGUUCCGCAGGAUGAGCAGUCUGUUCUCCGUCCCCACGAGCUGCGCACAAGUCGCCAAUCUAAAGACACCCUCCAUACUGCAAGAUCGAGGCCUUCUGAGAAGGAAAAGGAGGAUCAGCUAAAGGCUUUCUCACUCCGAAAUGUUGAGAAUGUCUUUUGGAGGAUUCUUUACACAGAUGUUCAUCGCGCUCUCUCUGUCGACCGUCUGCAUACAUACGAAGAAGGACUGUGGGGCGACCAUCUGUGGAAUGAAGUAAAAUUUUGGAUUUCGGACCUCGGGCGGCAGGCAGCCGUUAAACUCGACACAAACUUCGAUGCGCUGCCACGAUGGCCUAAUCUGACCCAUUUUUCAUCGGUCAUGGCGGUGGAUUUCAAUGACGGUACUGUUCUUGGGGAUCUAUCAAAGAUGAUUAUAUUUGCAGCGCAGGAUAUUCUCCACCCGUCCUGCUGUAAACUGGGACACCUACUACUACGAUGCAUCCGCUACUACGUGGAGCUCGAUAUGUACACUUCGUUUGAAGUCCAAACAGAAGAUACAAUUUCGGCAGGAAGGUUUGCCCUGCAAAAAUUCUCAGAAGUGAUGGAGGAAUACAUUACCGAAUCGCAGCCAGAAACCUUCAAAAAUUGGAACUUUCCAAAGAAGCACUUGAUCUCGCACGUAUUCGACGAUAUUUUGGCUAAAGGUGCGACACGUAACUACAACACGAAGCCGAAUGAGAAAAUGCACGGCUCUUUGCGAAAAAUUUACCUUCAACGCACAAACUUCAAGAACGUUGCUUCUCAGAUCCUGCGCUAUGAUGAAUGGCUUCUGACCUCAACGUCUAUGCGCACCGAACUUGAUGAACUUGACGAGUACAAUCAACGAGACACUCGUGAUCCCGAGACCAACGAAGCCCUGGACGACACUGGAAUCCCCGAGCCAGGGACUAUACAUGCACAUUUAGGUUCAAAGCAAGGCAAUCACUCGUUUUCGGACAUCAUGCACUCCCAUGGGACCGACAGGGCUUUUGCCGACUUUCGGAUGAAGCUUAACGGCUUCCUGAAUGGUUUCUUGCCACAAAACAAUAUUCCCCUGCCAGACGGAAGGCGCAUUCACCUACGCGCAGAGGAUAUGAUUACAGAGUUUCGGUUCUUGCGCAUAAACUAUGAAUCAAUGGUUGACUGGCGCCUGCACCGAGACUUGCUUCGGUGCAACCCACAAUUCUAUGGAUCGCCAAGGUACGACUGUGUCAUGGUGAAAACUGCAGACAAGCCGUUUUUCGCUCGCCUUGUAUACAUGUUCAGCUGCUCGAUCGGCGGCGCUGAUUUCCCUCUCGCCCUUAUACAUCCCUACGAUGUUGGUAUUGCCAGUAGCCGUCGAAGACGAGAUGAUGAUAUCGGAGUGUGGCGUGUGCGAGCCAAACCUCGCUCAUCCUCCGAGAUCAUUUCUGUCCGGUCAAUCGUUCGGGGCGCUGCUCUUGCCAGCGAUCCCGAAACACCUGGAGAUUACUUUGUCAUCCACACUGUGGACACUGACAUUUUCCUUCGAGUCAAGGCUCUCCAAGCUCAAUUGUUAUGA